CAUUGACGGCCCGUGAGUCCCGCUGAUUCCUCUGUUCCUCCUCUCCCCACCUUCCAUGAAACUCCCUUCUUCCCUCCCUCAUCAAUCCUGGCAGCUCUAAACCUCCCGAAACAUUCAUUUGGUGAUUCACCAGCUCCCGAUACCUUCUACCCCUUAUUCGCAUUUAUCUACUGUCGACAUAUCCGUACACGUCUCGCCGAAGUUCUCAGCUACGUACGGACCCAUCUCAACCAGCGUCCAGGAGAGAUUGUGCGAAACUCCAGACCAAACACCCGGCAGCGCAAGGGCUAGGACUCGCAGUCACACCCCCAGCACAAACAGAAAGAUUCCGACAUGGGUCAGCAGAACCCCCCAUCCGGCGGGUCGCGGAAGAUCUCUUUCAAUGUGUCCGACCAAUAUGAGAUUCAGGAUGUCAUCGGAGAGGGUGCUUACGGUGUGGUCUGCUCCGCCAUCCACAAACCGUCCAGCCAGAAGGUUGCCAUCAAAAAGAUUACUCCGUUCGACCAUUCCAUGUUUUGUCUGCGCACAUUGCGUGAGAUGAAGCUGUUGCGGUACUUUAACCACGAGAAUAUCAUCUCCAUUCUGGAUAUUCAAAGGCCUCGUAAUUACGAGGCCUUUAGCGAAGUGUACCUGAUUCAGGAGCUGAUGGAAACCGACAUGCACCGAGUCAUUCGUACACAAGAGCUAUCGGACGAUCAUUGCCAAUACUUCAUUUACCAGACCCUGCGUGCGCUCAAGGCCAUGCACUCCGCCAAUGUUCUCCACCGUGACUUGAAACCCUCCAACCUUCUGUUGAAUGCCAAUUGCGAUUUGAAAGUGUGCGACUUUGGUCUGGCGCGAUCGGCCGCAUCCACCGACGACAACUCGGGUUUCAUGACGGAAUAUGUCGCCACUCGUUGGUACCGUGCACCGGAGAUCAUGUUGACAUUCAAGGAAUACACCAAGGCCAUUGACGUCUGGAGUGUGGGCUGUAUCUUGGCCGAGAUGCUGAGCGGGAAGCCUCUCUUCCCUGGAAAGGAUUAUCACCACCAGUUGACCCUUAUCUUGGAUGUCCUGGGUACGCCCACCAUGGAAGACUACUACGGUAUUAAGUCACGACGAGCCCGCGAGUACAUCCGCUCCCUCCCAUUUAAGAAGAAGAUUCCCUUCCGUGCUCUCUUCCCUAAGAGCAACGACAUGGCCUUGGAUCUGCUCGAGAAACUAUUGGCCUUCAACCCGGCUAAGCGUAUUUCGGUCGAGGACGCCCUGCGCCACCCAUACCUCGAGCCAUACCACGACCCUGAUGACGAGCCGACCGCACCUCCAAUUCCCGAAGGAUUCUUUGAUUUCGACAAGAACAAGGACACACUGAGCAAAGAACAGCUGAAGAUUCUGAUCUACGAGGAGAUUAUGCGGUAAAUUGAGAAAGGUCUACAUUUGUUUAUCGAGCAUGCAACGUCAUUCAACCCUGGAAUGGGAAUUCUUGUGAUUAGAAGCACAGCACUUGAAAAUACGCAAAAAUCUAUGUGGUUUGUCCAAUU